CUUUGAGGAGGUUUCCUACUGCCUAUAGGGUACCAUCUGUUUGAACAAAUGCCUCGCCUUUUCACAUAUAUGAGAAAGAGUUAUAGGAAUGGAAAACACCAGCAACGAGCAGGAAGUUGAGCCUUCGUUGGCAGAGAUCUAUGAGUUACCUGGGGAGCCUGCUAUUGUCAUUAAUGGAAUGCCUGAGAUUCCCCCAAGUGAUGGCACUCUUCUUGCUAUCUCUAAUACUGUGCAUGAUGCAGAAUCCCAUGGAAAAACUAACUUUGGUGAAUGGUUGGAAGGAAGGGAAGUAAGAAAGUUGUUUGGAGAGCAAUACUACUCCGGUACAGUAACUGAGUAUGAUAAAGAAUCAGGCUGGUACAGGGUGGUGUAUGAAGAUGGCGACUUUGAAGAUCUCGACUGGACUGAAUUGAAAGAAGUGCUACUGCCCCUGGACAUCAUGGUUCCACUGAAAACAUUAGCCCUAAAAACUCUCAGGAAAAGCAAGAAACCUGUCCAUAAAUCUAGGUAUGCUAUGGCUCGAUCUCGAACACAUAAAGCCAAAACCACGGGAAGUAAGGGAAAGAAGGCCUCAGUACCUGAAGAUGCUUCAGUGAUGAACCCCAAAGUACCUGAAGAUGCUUCAGUGAUGAACUCCAACGGUUCAUAAACAGUGAACAUAACGAAAGGUUGAUGGGGUUACAUUUACAUUGAGAUGUACCAGAAACAGCCUGGUGUAGAGGAUAAAUGAUUUGAAAACUCGUCUUGCUAGAUGGUUGAGAGUACUUAAAAAUGGAUACUGAAUUGGAAGGUGAACAGUGAGACUUAGGUGACUGUUAUAUUAGUCAAUGAUAUUGUUGUAUUGCGUGUAACAUGUUAGGCUUUACUAAUACAAGAUUAAUUGGUGGGUGUUGAUCAAGUU